AUGAAGAUAAUUAUGUACUUUUGCAUUUGGGCAGCAGCAUGGGCCAUUCCAGUUCCUCAAACCAAACCCUUGGAGAGACAUGCUGUUGAUCAAUCUUUGAAUUUAUAUGUACUAGCAAAAUCCAGUGUGCCAAUACAGGAUGAGUUAAAUGCCAAUGACACCACCAAAGAAAAUGGUGUCCCCAUGCAUGAAAGUGAAAGAGGAAGGCAACAGUAUACAGAAAACAGUUGCAAAGGAGAGGGGAAUGGCUCUGAGUGUGCAGAAAUAGGAGGAAAGAGUUCUUACACACAUUCCAUGUUAGCAGAUGCAGCAAAUAUCGAGGAUGAGAAUGGGGGCACAGAAAAACCAGAAACAUACGGUCAUGAUGCGAUACAUGGAAAUGAAGAUAACAUCACAGUAAGUGGCAUCGGAGGAAAAGUAAACAUCAUUGACAACGUUGGAGCAGCAACUGUGAGCAAUGUUAAUGGAAAUACUGAUAAGAAUAUAAUAAAUGGGGAUGUAGGAGAUCCAAGCCAGAGUGAGAAUGCCACUGUUGUCCCUGAAGAUGGAAAUCAAGUAGCUGGAAGCAAUAAUAGUACAGACCACGAGGAUGCAAUAAAUGGGAAUUCCUGGGGAAAUGAGAGCAAUACAAAUGAAAUAACACCUCAGAGGGAAGGUGAGAUACAUGGGAAUAAGGAGGCUGCAGCAACUCCAGGGCGAAGAGGAACUGACAAUGGAGAAGGUACUGGCCUGAGUGAUUCUGAUGGGAGUCCUAGCGGGAAUGGAGCAGAAGAAGAUGAAGACAAGGGCUCUGGUGAUGAAGAUGAAGACACGGGGGAUGGAAAUGAGGGUGCCGAUAACAGCAAUGGCCAGGAAGGUCAGGGUAAUGGAAAAGAAGACAAUGAAGAAGGCAAUGACAAUAGAGUAGGUCAAAAUUCAAUCAGUACUGAAGAUGAUGACCCUGAAGAUAAAGAAGAUCCUCAUAAUGAAAAUGAUGGUGACAACACCUCCAAGAGUGAGGAGGAUUCUGACGGUAUUCCAGAAAACAACGAUGACAAAAGAAUAAAGAACAUCAAAGAACUCAAUCACAAAGAAAGUAAAAGUGUGGACAAUGGAAUCACUGCAGAAUCAGAGCCAAGCACUGCUGGGAAGAGCAAAGAUAAGGGAAUAGAAAUUAAAGGCCCCAGCAGUAGCAACAGAAAUAAUAUUGCCAGAGAAGCUGGGAAAGUCAACGAAGAUAAAGAGAGUAAAAGACAACAUGGAACGAUCAUGGGCAAAGGAAAUGUCAAGACACAAGGAGAGGCUGACAACAUACAAGGACCAGGCCAGAAAUCAGAACCUGGAAAUAAGGUUGGACACAGCGAAACUGGCAGUGACAGUAAUAGUAAUGGAUAUGACAGUUAUGAAUUUGAUGAUGAGUCCAUGCAAGGAGAUGACCCCAAUAGCAGUGAUGAGUCUAAUGGCAAUGAUGAUGCCAAUUCUGAGAGUGACAAUAACAGCAGGAGUCGAGGAGAUGCUUCUUAUAACUCUGAUGAAUCAACUGAUAAUGACAAUGACAGUGACUCAAAAGGAGACAGAGAUGAUGCUGAGAGUGACGACAGCACACCAGACGCUAACGAUAGUGACAGUAAUGGAAACGGUAACAAUGGGAGUGAAAACAAUGGCAAACCAGAGAGUAAAUCAGACAGCAGUGACAGCGGUGACAGUGACAGCAAAUCAGACAGCAGUGAGAGCAGUGAUGGUGACAGCAGUGAUAGCAGUGACAGCAGUGACAGUGACAGCAAAUCAGACAGCAGUGAGAGCAGUGACAGCAGUGAUAGUGACAGCAAAUCAGACAGCAGUGAGAGCAGUGACAGUGACAGCAGUGACAGCAGUGACAGCAGUGACAGUGACAGCAAAUCAGACAGCAGUGAGAGCAGUGAUGGUGACAGCAGUGAUAGCAGCGACAGCAGUCAUAGCAAAUCAGACAGCAGUGACAGCGGUGAUAACAGUGACAGCAAAUCAGACAGCAGUGACAGCAGUGAUAGCAGUGACAGCAGUGACAGUGACAGCAAAUCAGACAGCAGUGACAGUGACAGUAGUGACAGCAGUGACAGUGACAGCAGUGAGAGCAGUGACAGCAGUGAGAGCAGUGAUAGUGACAGCAAAUCAGACAGCAGUGACAGCAGUGAUAGCAGUGACAGUGACAGCAGUGACAGCAGUGACAGCAAAUCAGACAGCAGUGACAGCAGUGAUAGCACUGCCAGUGACAGCAGUGACAGCAAAUCAGAAAGCAAUGACAGUGACAGCAAAUCAGACAGCAGUGAGAGCAGUGGCAGUGACAGCAGUGAUAGCAGCGACAGCAGUCAUAGUAAAUCAGACAGCAGUGACAGUGACAGCAAAUCAGACAGCAGUGACAGCAGUGAUAGCAGUGACAGUAAAUCAGACAGCAGUGAGAGCAGUGACAGCAGUGAUAGUGACAGCAACUCAGACAGCAGUGAUAGCAGUGACAGUGAUAGCAGUGACAGCAGUGACAGCAAAUCAGACAGCAGUGAUAGUAGUGACAGCAGUGAAAGCAGUGAUAGUGACAAUAAGUCAGAUAGCAGUGACAGUAAAUCAGACAGCAGUGACAACAGUGAUAGCAGCGACAAUAGUGACAGUAGUGAUAGUAGUGACAGUAGUGACAGCAGUAAGAGCAGUGAUAGCAGUGACAGUAGUGACAGCAGCGAUAGCAGUGACAGCAAUGACAGCAGCAACAGCAGUGACAGCAGCGACAGCAGUGACAGCAGCAACAGCAGUGACAGUAGUGACAGCAGUGAUGGCAGUGACAGCAGCAAUAGCAGUGAUAGCAGUGACAGCAGUGAUAGCAGUGACAGCAGUGAUAGCAGCAACAGCAGUGUCAGUAGUGGCAGCAGCAGUAGCAGUGACAGUAGUGACAGCAGUGACAGCAGCGAUAGUGACAGCAGUGACAGUAGUGACAGCAGUGACAGUAGCAAUAGCAGCAACAGUAGUGACAGCAGUGACAGUAGUGAUAGCAGUGACAACAACAGCAAUGACAGUACAUCUGACAGUAGUGAUGAGAGUGACAGCAAGAGCAAGUCUGGUUAUGAAAACAACAAUGGAAGUGAUAGCGACAGUGACAGUGAUGACAGUGAAGGCAGUGACAGUAAUCAUUCAACCAGUGAUGAUUAG